UGAAAUGCACGCAGCUACAAGCACGGUUGGAUAAAUGGGAAAAGCUUGUGAUCCGUGGUUGUGUUGUGUUCAAAGACUGGAGAAGGUAGAAGCAUCCAAACCUGGAAGCCAAGCCCGCCCUCCACUUCCUUCUACCUUACCCGGGCCGUCGAUUGAUCAACUCCAUCCUCGUUGUUUGGGCCACUCGCACCAAGCUCCACGACAUGCCCAGCAGCAAUUUGUCUUCUCGCACCUCGAGCCCUUGAUCCAAGGUGAGGUAGUCUAGAGCUCACCACACGAGAUGGCGCCGCCGCUACACCUGUCAGAGCCAGACGACGCGCGCGACGCAGACGACAGCUCCUCCGAUUACUCGUCCGUCUCGGAAGACUCGCUGCCGCCCAUCCACGCCUACGGCCACACGUAUCACGGGUCGGCGCGCCUCUACAUCCCCCACGACGCGGAAGAAGAUCGACGCCUGCGCAUACAGCACGAGCUCUACCACCUCGUCCUCGACGGACGACUACACGACGCACGGUUACCGAUCGAAGACCCUACAUUUGGCCGAUCAGGCGACGAAGACGACGACGAAGAUGACGAACAGAUACCAAGGUAUCACAUCCUCGACGUCGGUUCUGGCAACGGCCUCUGGGCAGUCGAAGCCGCACAGAGGUACCCAAAGGCCGACGUUCUGGGCAUUGAUCUCACAUCUGCCCUGCUGCCGAAAGACGUGCCCGCGAAUCUGACCUUUGAGAUUGCCGACGUGGCAGAGCCUUGGCCCCCGACGCUCUACGACUUUAUCCACAUCCGCAACCUGGUCGGCGGCGGCGUCCGGGACUGGGAGAGACUGGUGGAGCAGGCGCUCCAGCACUUGAAACCCGGUGGUAUCCUGGAAUUCACAGAGCUGCGCCCACGCUUCUACGACGUCGUCCCCGCACUGGCUGAUCUCCCCGAGGGGCAGAAGCCCGAGGUGGGACUGGCGUGUCUCGAGUACCACAAGAUAUUCCACGCGGCCUGCCAGGCUGAGAAUCUCGACUUUGACCCCGUCCCGCGUGUGGAAGAGUAUCUCCAGGCGUCAGACGCCGAGAUGGUCCGGGAGCGCGUCGACUGGCUGCCCGUUAGUGGCUGGGGGCGCGACCCGCUAAUGCGGAAAAAGGGCGAGUUGCUGAACGAGCUGAUCGAGGUCGGGCUGGACACGUGGUCGAUGCUGCUGCUUGGGAAGAAUGGCAUGGGCGAAGAGGAGAUUCGGACUCUGCUGCGGCGGAUCCUGGAGGAGACGCAGGAUCCGAGGUUGAGGAGCUGCUUUAAUCUGACGUUCAUCACGGCGAAAAAACCCUUGGACGAUGCGACGGUGGAAGACGACUAAUGCUUCUGGGCGGUGGCUAGCACGAUUGGCAUUGCAAGUUUUG